GUUUAAAACUGGGACUGCAGCUUUCUCCUCGACAGCAUGUCGGGCUGGACUUUACAGCAGAGGCUCGAGGGAGAAACGUCUAGUUCAAUUCUAGCAAGGUACGGUUGAAUGCAUCACAUUUAAAAAAUGGGUGACAGAAACGAUAGAGUCCCCAUGAUGACACGCAGAACAAGGAGAACCACCAUCUGCGUUACGCCGGCGGGUGCCAAUUUUAAACAAGCCAACGGCAGCGCAGGGGAAAAAACUUCAAGCCAACCGAGCCACAGCAGCCGGAAAGUGAAGGAGGAAAAACGGGUGCACGAGCCGGUCACUACACCACGCAAGGAGAGGAGCAAAACCAGCGAAAGAUUUAGCUGCCAUGUCCUCCAGGAGUCCCUGCUCAGCUCAGCUAGUGGUUACAGUAACUAUAGAGGCAUCCUCAACUGGUGUGUGGUCAUGCUGGUCUUGUGCAAUGCACGCCUUUUCCUGGAGAAUCUAAUAAAAUAUGGGAUACUGGUGGACCCCAUCCAAGUGGUUUCACUGUUCUUAAAAGACCCAUAUAGCUGGCCUGCAUCUUGCCUUAUCAUUGUUUCGAACGUGUUCAUAAUGGCAGCUUUGUACACGGAGCGGAGGCUAUCAGUGGGCACCAUCUCAGAGACUACCGGAACAUUCCUUUACUUGGUCAAUCUGACCACCCUCCUCUUUUUCCCAUCAGCCACUGUGCUCACGCUGACCUCCAUUACCCCAGUGGGUGGAGCCUUUGCCCUGUGUGUGUAUACCAUCCUCUUCAUGAAGUUGUACUCGUAUAAGGAUGUGAACAUGUGGUGCAGAGAGAUUAGGCAUACCAAAGCCCGCACCCUGACCCGCUCCCAUUCAUGUCCAUCAGUCGCCCAGUCAAAUGGGUCAGCUGUACACGCUCAUGUGUCCUACCCUGGGAAUCUCACACACAGAGAUAUAUAUUACUUUGUGUUUGCCCCAACUCUCUGCUAUGAGCUGAACUUCCCCCGGUCACCACGGAUACGCAAGAGCUUCCUGCUCAGGAGACUCUUUGAGAUGCUGUUCUUCAUACAGUUACUGAUUGGAUUGGUACAACAGUGGAUGGUGCCGACUAUUCAGAACUCCAUGAAACCAUUCCAGGAUAUGGACUUUUCCAGAAUGAUAGAGCGCAUGCUGAAACUGGCUGUUCCCAAUCAUUUAAUCUGGCUCAUCUUUUUCUAUUGGUUUUUCCACUCUUCCAUGAACUUCAUAGCUGAGCUGAUGCGGUUCGGCGACAGGGAGUUUUACCAGGACUGGUGGAACUCUGAGACGGUCACUUAUUUCUGGUCAAACUGGAACAUUCCUGUGCACAAGUGGUGCCUCCGCCACUUUUACAAGCCUCUCAUGAGGAGAGGUGUGAAUAAGUGGGUCGCUCAGACAGCCAUCUUCCUGGUCUCUGCCUUCUUUCACGAGUACUUGGUGAGCGUUCCUCUGAAAAUGUUCCGACUGUGGGCGUUCAUGGGCAUGAUGUCUCAGAUUCCACUCGCCUGGUUCGUCGGCCGCUUCCUGAGAGGUAACUAUGGCAAUGCGGCAGUCUGGAUCUCGCUCAUCAUUGGCCAGCCCAUCGCCGUACUGAUGUACGUCCACGACUUCUACGUAUUACAUUACGUGUCACAACCAUGAGCAGUUGGCCGCAAGCAGAGGAGCAAUAUUAUACUAAAUAAGGAAAAAUGUUUAUUUUGAAAGGGAAAUGUUUUAUAUGAAACUCAACUGAUUAGUAAGAAUGUACUUCAAAAAGUUUUUCAGAUGCCAUUUCUCGAAUGCACUGAUACACUACAGAGACACUUGGCUCUCAUCCUGUCAUGUGCAAUUGUUGUGAAACACUACCCUGCCAAAGCUGGAGAACAUUUGUAUGCCUUUUCUGUUUCUUACUUUAAUAGUCUACAACUAUGAAGACCAAUGCAAAAAACUCUACAGUACCUGUCAAACGUUUGUACACACCUACUCAUUCAAGGGUUUUUCCUUUAUUUUUACUAUUUUCUAC